AUGCGACAACGAGUCACUUACCUUCUUCCGGCAGGAACUGGCGUCGAUCCAGCUGACAUAGAGCUUGCUGAUGAUGCCCUCAUCUACGCAAAGUCAAGCGACGCCGCCGAAGAGAGACGUAUCACAAUUGGGCUUUCGGACCUCCCACAAGAACUCCAACUGUUCUUAGAUGACUUUCAUGAGCUUCAUAUCCGCCUUGUCUCAUCACAAAACUACAACGUCAGCUCACCGGCAGUAUCAAGACUGCCCUCUGGACUUCAUAUCUUCUUCACUCCCCGGACAUCUGGAGCCGAGUCGAAGCUAUGCUCUUACCUGAAACUCUUGCUCCAAGGCGACGCCAAAUGUGACGCCUCCCUGAACUCCUUUACCAAGCCUUCAAUUCUAUCAGAGCGAUUUGCGAGUGCAUCGACCUACCAGUUCUACCAUGCGUCCAGCGAUAUAUCUCAGAUAUCGACCGAGUUGGCGAAGAAGCUCUGUCCGGUCGCAGCAUCUGUAAAGACCAUGCAGCCAUUGUGUGAAGGGCUCCACAGAACAAAGAGUGCAGCAUACGUUGACUACGACUUUGAUGCGAUCAGCCACGCCUUGAAUGUCGUCGUCAUGUGGGAACAGUCUACAACUAACCUUGCGAGUGUUGAUGGACAGACAGGGCUUCGGAAGAUUACCGCCGAAGAUCGUCUCGAGGUUGGCGUUCUGGCUCUAGAAAAGGCUGAUGAGCCCGAGGAGAUCUCGCUCGGAGGAUAUCUCACGGUUGUGGGCGAAGAUGAUCAUCCAAGCGCGACAUUAUUCUCCUUCCCCGCGAGACAUCAUCCUCUUCCCUCAGGCGACGAUACCACUUUCUCCGCCAAAUUCCAGCAGCCCACAGGACUACAUCCGAAACUCGAAAUUACUUUCUCAUCGCGCGAGCUCAGUCCGCCAAAGGACAGUUGUGCUCUCCACGCGUAUUGGACACUUCCGUCAUACCUCUUCAUCGAUCGAUACCAGCUUUCAGACUCUUUGUUUCUUGACUCGCAGAAUCUGGUAUCUCUGCGGAGUCUUGAUGGUGAACAAGAUCUCGAGGCACCAGACUGGGUCAUCAGGCGCUGGGGCUCGUCCGCUUUGCUGGAACUGGCCCAUACUAAAGUGACUGAUACUGCUCCAUCUAAGAAUGACUGGAUCGUGACAGUCCCAACACAUCUACGCUACAUCAACUCCACCUCCACCGGAUUGAAUGGGUCGCAAGUACACGUCCCCUGGCCUGUCAUUUUCUGGGCCUGCGAGGCUGAAGAAGGUCUCAAGAUGGCUACCAAUCCAUUCGACAGAGUCAAUUUGGGAUACGACGGGCUGUUUGGGCCCAAGACGAUGUUCUACCAUAUACCGCCUGCGGGCAAGGACCUUGUGGAGAGGCUCACGGUCCCGGCUUUGAACGCGGAUCAGACUGGGUGGGUACCUUUUGGUACUGCAGUCGCUGUUCUGCUGGGCUUUGGGUGGGUGAUGCUGCAGCUGCUGUGGUCUAAAGCGCCGGCACAGGUUACAGCUGCUGCACGUAAGAAGACGGAAUGA